AAAAAUAAAUCAUUUUUUUUUUUUUUUUUUAGUCCCAGUGGCUUUAGUAACAACACAGAGAAAUAAAAGCAGGCCAGGGAAUAAGCAUAAGAUGUGAUCAGAGUUUCAAGAUCUGGUACCAUUUCCUUGAGAUUUAAGAAUAUGAAGUGCGAGCUCUGUGACUCUCCAGCCAAUAUAUACUGCGACUCUGAUCAGGCUAGCCUUUGUUGGAACUGUGAUGCUCAGAUUCAUGGUGCAAACUUCCUGGUGGCUAAGCAUUUGAGAACCCUUCUUUGCCAUAUUUGUCAGUCUUUUACGCCCUGGAAUGGCUCCGGCCCCAAGCUCGGUCCUACCAUUUCUGCCUGUGAAAGUUGUCUCAAUAGUAAUGCUCAAAACGAGGCAGGAAAUGAAGGAAACGACCGUGAUAAUGAUCAUGGUGAUGGUGGUGGUGGUGGUGAUGAUCCCCAGAGAGAAGCUAACACUGAGGAAGAUGACGAUGACGAUGAUGUUGAUGACAACGAUGACGACGAUGAUGAUAGUCAUAGGGAUGAGAUUCAAGUAGGUGUUUAUGAAGAUGAUGAAGAAAAUCAAGUAGUUCCAUUAUCUUCGACACCGCCUCCCCCAGCCUCAAGUUCUGCAACAAGAAGAGGGAUUUCCUGAUACAAGAACCCCAUUUUCAGUUUUACAAAUAAUAUCAAUCUCUGGACAGAUGUAGUAUUCAAAAGCAGAAUGAUCAAGGAUGCCGGUUCUCUCAGCUAAGCCUUAGAAUCGCAAAAGAACUGUGACAAAGCAGAUUUGGGAAUGCUGAAGCAAGGAAAGACAAAGGGGAGGGUUCCUGAAGAUUUAGAAGCAUGGUUGCCAAGAUUGGAUGUUUCAUUUCUUGAUGGCUUUUUUACCAACCUCUAGCCCUCCAACCUGAUUUCAGGUAAAUUUCUAUUUUUCUUUUUCGUUUUCAUUUAUUUUCUAAUAAUAAUGAUUGAGGUCUUGGAAGUUCUCUUAUUAUGGUCAGUAUGAUGUCAACUGGGGUUGGGUCCAUACAAGUCUUUAGUCAUUCAUUUCUUCUAUGGAUUGUACUGUGUUGAACAGAGCAGUUUUUGGUUUUCUUUGUUUCUUUCUGUGGCUUAAUUUUCAAAAUGUUAUUCCUUAUUCAACCUUGGUUAGGCAUCUCAAUUUCCUCAGUAGUGCAGGACAGAAAAUGAAACUGAGUGGCACUAUUUUCUUCCAAAGGAAUGGCCAUGGCUUCUGACCAACAAUUAAACAGUAUUUGUAAUCAUGUUAAUUCACUUGUCAGCAUCAUACUUCUUGGAGUGUAAAUCUUAUGUUAAUUCAUUUCCCUCAAUUUGUGCAGGACCCUUUACUCCCUUAAAUUGAGUCACUGAUCCCACACAUACCAGAUAACAAAACUAAAACUCUAUAAAGAGGGUAUAUAGAGUUGAGUUUUGUUGUUCCACUGUUUUUUCAAAAUCACUUGGCAGAGAACAAGCAGAGUCUGCACAGACGGUGCAGGCAUAUUGUUUUCACCCUUUCAUAUGUAAAAAGUUAAGAGAAUUUAGCUAUUUCUAAGAAAACACUUGGUAAUCUUUUGUAUUGGAGGGUAUGAUGUCUUAAACAAAUGUAUUGGAAUUGUAGUUUUAAAUAAGAUCUUUUCUGAUUUUUAGUCAA